UAAAGCCCAAUUCAAAUCGGACGCUUGUGUCCGCUAUGGCAACCGUCGCCGCUAGGUCAGUACUGCGCUCCGCCGCUCGUGGUGCCUCCGCCAGGCUCUCCGCCGGUGUUAAGCCUAUGGCAGCUGCUUCUCCCCUUCGAAUCUCAUCUCAGAAGCCUCUCUCCGCGCGUAUUUUUAGGUCACCUGUGGAGCUGAGCAGCGUUAAAUUGGUGUCGAUGUCGCCGUUUCAUACUGCGACCGCUUCCGCGGUGCUCAUUUCGAUGCUGAAUGUUGCUCCUUGCGGUCACGCCUGGUCCAUUGAAGGAUUAUGAUCAAUGCCUGUGCCUCGAUCUUCAACUUUUAUGAUUCUCUAUACUGUCACCUUUUUCUAAGUCGAGCUUCGAGACCUUUUCAUCGACCUGGGCUCGUUUCUUCUUUUAUCGGAUGAUUAUGAUGGUGCCUGUGCUCCUGAUCUUCGACUCGGUUUAUUAUCUAAAUUGUCUCAUUUUUCUCAAGUCGGGCAUUGAAUUAUCAAUAUUUAGCCUCGUGUGGAAAGCCUUCGCCUAGUUUGUGGCAAACUAUUUGUUUUUUCUCGACAUGUACAUUGGAUUGUUUUAAAAUAUAUUGAGACCCUCACUUGUUUUAUUGAA